AUGAUAUUUGUGUUCCAUGCCUCGUCCGUUAUGACCUCCAAGGACCUUCCUCGACCUCCGCGGCUGCUUGGCUGCGUGUUCCUGAAUCGAGCUAACGUCACCUGCCGCUGGGAGGCCGGAGGCGCCACAGACACACGCUAUACCCUCCAAAUUCAGAGGAUACCUGGAGCUGUGGCCUUGAUGACAAACACCGCCCUGAAGACGUUCACCUGCACCACGUCUGACACCAGCUGCACGGCCGAUCUCGCCAGAUCGUCCGUGAGGUUCACCUUUUGCGUCACCAUCACGGCUCACGGCCGCAGCAGCAACACAUCGUCCGAUCGUCGCUGUCAGCCCGGGAGGAUUGAGAUGAUGCUGCCUCCAGCGACUUUGAACAGCGUGAAGCCAGUGAAUGGGACACCUCAGUGUCUGCACGUGAUCUGGAGUCGCACCCUGUCGGAGUUUCCUGUGUCUGACACUGAAAUCAGGAACGGAAGUCUGAAUUCCCAAAUUGAGGUCACAGCAGAAGGGCAGCUCGAUAUCCAAGUCACAAAGGUGACAGUGAAAGACUACAGCUUCCCAGUUUGUCUCCUCAGAGCCGGCACUUUGUACGCCUUCAGACUCCGUCACCGUUACCGGGGCCCAGAGAGUCCCUGGAGCCCGUGGAGCAAUGCACAGCAGGGAAGGACAGCAGAGGACGCUCCAUCUGCAGCUCCAGCAUUCUGGAGGCAAGUGGAACAAACAGACAGGAACGGGUGGAGACUCACCUCGCUGCUUUGGAAGGCCCUGCCUCUCGUUCUGGCCAAUGGCAGACUUUUAUUCUAUAAUGUGACUUGUCAGACAGAAAGUUCACUAAUUCUGAACGACCAAGGCACCUGCAGAGAUUUGCACCCAACACGUACGACCUGUACUUCUCUCCUUCCCGCUGAACGCUGCUCCUGUGCCCUGACGGCCUCCAACUCUGCCGGGACCUCGCCACGGGCACAGAUAUGGCUCCUUGGAACCUCUGAGACAGCGGCACCGUCCCCGAGACAACUCACUGCCCGUCCACUGGAUGACAACAGUGUAAACGUUAGCUGGACGGCUCCGGCCAAUCGAUCAGUGAGCGGCUUUGUCUUGGAGUAUUUCGCUGUCCGAGAGAAAGACGGCAGCGUCCUACACUGGGAAAGACUGAAUAGUUCUCAGACAACAUUUGUCAUAACAGAGGGAGUGAGGCCGAUGGAGCGUUAUGCUGUUUCUGUCAAAGCGCUGUACGGUGAGCGAUGGGCAGGGAGGAACAGGACACUUCACAUUUAUACACGCCAGGCAGCGCCAUCAGCUGGUCCUGUUGUGGAGGUGCAGCAGAUUACUGGGGGCAGACUGGAGCUCAGCUGGAGUCCUGUGCCUGUGGAGCUGCUUCGAGGAUUCAUCCGCAACUACACACUCUACUACACCGCUGCAAAGCAACCACACAGGAGUGUGUUUGUUCCUGGUAACGUUCAGCGCUUCACCCUGGAGGGCCUGUCGCCCGGAAACUACGACAUCUUUAUGCAGGCCAUCACUGACGCCGGCACGGGAGCAGCUGGGCCCAUUGCUAAUGUGCACAUAGGCUCUGAAGAAAUCUCAAAGAUGAUGUAUUUUGUCCUUUCUCUCAUGGUGACCGGCUCACUCGCACUGGCACUGAUGGCGUGCCUGGCACAGAAAAAGAUAAAAAGGAAGCUGUGUCAAUUCGUUCCUGAUCCUUCCAACAGCAGCCUGGUUCACUGGAUCCCAAAGACCACCUCACAGAGUAUGAAGCAGCCUUGGGAACCAGAGAGGCCUCAAAUCGAGAACUCUGAGGUUAUUUUGUUCGGUGAAAAUGAGCCUCUAAACUACGACCUGGAUCAGAUCACAGAGAAUUUCAUCAUCUGUAAUCAAACAUAUUCCUCUCUUCUGGACUCGUCUGGGUUUCGUGUUCCUCAAAGUGUCCAGAUGUCCAAGAAGUUGUUCAGCAGGGGCCCACUCAGAAAACCCUUCACCACUGAUCUCUCCCCCAGCCCCAUCCUCUACUCACACGUGGUCUUCUCUCACACUCUCAAAAAUCCUGCUGCACCUCUUCUGUCCCCUUCUCCUCACCAGUCCCGUGAUUGGCGGCAUGUCAGCACUAGUGAUGUGAAGCUGCUGCUCGGUGGAGGCAGUGCAGCUUCACCUCAGCACCAAACCUCCACUCCCUUCUCUGAUGUCAGCAGUGUGUCCCCAUACUCAGCCGUACAUCCUCAUCCUGCUGACGUCACUUCACCCAAACACAUCUUUCCUCAAAGCCUCUGCAGCUCGGGCCUGUCGCUCCAGCCUGACACCUUCAUCCACCCCAACCUUUCAUCUCUUCUUCCUCCGCUUUUUGUGGAUUUGUCCUACUGUCCUGCUGAGUGUGAUAAUCACACAUCCCCUGCUGUUUAAUUCCAUGACAGGGAGGUGCAUACAAUAUAUAAUGUCAUAUUGUUUAUGAGGCUUUUUACAUGUCCUCGUGAUGCCUGUUAAGUGCUUUACUAUGUGAAAUGUGUUUUACAGUGUCUUUAAAGAAUGUGUAUAACCCCUUUGUUAUGAAAACCAAAGUUUUCAUAAAUUUGAAAGCAGAUUGUUUAUCAAAUAUAGAUUUUGUAUUUCCCAUUGUAUUUUUUAGCAGAUCUGAUCUUAUAUAUAUAUAUAUAUACAUAUAUAUGUGUGUGUCUUGUCCCCUUUUACGAGAUAAUAAAUAAUAAUUAUAAUAAGUAUAAUUUAUUUAAAAUGAACCUCUCAAGUACUCUCAUCUGUAGUAUUGUGUAUUGUGUGUUGUGUAUAACAUAUUUGUUCUGUUACGUAUUUUCCAGCUUGGACGGGGAAGUUUUGGCCUCUUUGGAGUUCUCUCAGUUGGUCCGUGCUUCUUUAAUAUUUCACAAGAGAGAGAGCUAAAAUGCUGCCAACUGCAAUUCACUCGUACCACUUUCGUAGUAGUGCUACAAACUGUGAUUACUUCAGAGCUUAACCUCUUUUCAGUUUAUAUUAUUUAUACGUUUGAGCAUGAGAAUGUGUCCGUCAAUGUACGAGCAGCUGUUCCAACAUUAAAAAAUAACAUAUGCUGUGUGA